AUGACGCUGCGGAUGAUUACCGAGUGUACACUAAAGUGGGAUGAGAUGUAUCGUGUUUUUAUCACUGGCUACCGCCUGGCGGAAAUAACGCACGGUAAAUCAUUCUACGUAUAUACGAUUCAACUGACAGAUGCCAACAGUGGAAUCAAGUAUUCGAUUGAGAGAAGAUACAGUGAAUUCAAUUCGCUCCACAGAAUGCUGUCGUUUCAGUUAAAGAGGGUCGGCGAGACGGUGGCUUUUCCACCGAAAAGAGUGAGAAACAGUCAGCCUAAAGUACUGGAACAAAGGCGAGCCGCUCUCGAGGUUUAUAUUCAGAAAAUGCUGCAACUACCCAGCACUCGACAGCAAGUCCUCGAGUUCUUGGGGAUCGAGGGAACAAAGAGGAGCAGCAGAAUUCUUUUCAAGAGACUCGAUGGGAAAUCCAGCUCUGCCACAACCGCUGCCCAUGUGUCCCCAGUGGUGGGCCCUCAUCCUGUGAUAACAUUCAAGUGCGAUCCAUAUGUAACAGCUGAAUCGCAAAGUGGUCUUCCCGACAUUGUGACUCAGGGGGUUCUAACAGGUUUUUACAAAUCUGAGAAGUAUUAGUUCCAAUGACUCAUUUUAGCCGAUUAUUUAUACUUUCAUACAUUUCUCUUGUCUGUGAUGAAUUUGAAUAAAGAAAAUGUCUCUCUA